UGCACCAACCGGGUCAACGGACAAGCAGCAGCAAGAGAUGGACGAUAAAAUAUGUUUCAUUUUGUUCAGUAGUUUAGUGAUUCUGUGCAAUGCUAUUAUUGUACACGAUGACCAUUAUGGUAAUCACGACACCCGUGAAUGGCAUCCUGACAAACUUGGUCCAGUCCAGGGAAGAGUUGCUGCUGGCAGUGAGGAGGAAAGGGGGGAUCUUCGCCGUACUAACGGUGGAUUGAAUUUUCACGAGGUUGAUGCAUUUGGAGACGAUUUUGUAGAUUUCGGUGCACAAACAGGACCGCUCGGUGCGUUCACGUGGCAUGCCAACUUUCCCGUCGAAGAAUGACGGUAAUGGGAAGCAGAAGUAGGGACAAAUCAUUUAAAUGAAUACUCAAAAACUGGUAAUACAAUACGUUCCACUCUCUAGAAGA